AGCGGGCUAGGGACUCCCAAAAAACACACAUCAUCAUAAUCAUUUUCUUCUCCCAAUUGCAAUGGCGUCAAGAACAAUGGAAACAUCUAUUCUCAUGAUCUUCACGGUGGUCGCAUUAAUGUCCGGCGAGAGAGCCAUCGCAGUGGACUGCUCCUCGUUGAUACUAAACAUGGCUGAUUGUUUGUCGUUCGUGACGAAUGGUAGUACGGUGGAGAAGCCUGAAGGAACAUGUUGCUCAGGUCUCAAGACUGUGGUUAGGUCAGGACCUGAAUGUAUUUGUGAGGGUUUCAAGAACAGUGCCUCUCUUGGUGUUACUCUUGAUCUUGCUAAAGCUGCUUCUCUUCCUUCAGCUUGUAAAGUUGCUGCCCCUCCAUCUGCUCGUUGUGGCCUCGCUGUCUCUGCAUCUCCACCUGCUAGUGCCCCUGAAAUAUCUCCCACGGCCGGAGCAGGUGCGCCAUCUUCGUCAAGUGAAGCAAAUGCGGCAACUCCAGUUCCAGUCCCGGCGGGGAGUUCCGAUGCGUCUUUGGUCUCUGUCUCUUUUGCGUCUGCUCUCUUUAUCGCCUUCAUCUCUUCUUCUUUCUAUUGAGUUGUUUAGGUCCAUUUUAUUGCUUCCGUACUUGAGAUAUUUUCUUUUCUUUUUCUUUUAUUUUGUUCUUAAAGUUUGGCGUCACCCAUUACAUUUUCCUUCCAUUUGUUUAAUUUUAUCAAUGAGAAUUCUCUUUUUCAA